AUGUGGUUGGAUGAUACUCGAUGUGUCUAUGCACCCUGCGUGCGAACGGAGGAUCAGAGCUCGUCAGAUGACGAGGAGGUAGAUAUCAGCAAAGUUCAACCGGAAGGCUAUGAGGACGGCGUGCUGAAGGAGUACAUGAAGAAUUGCAAUAGCAAAGACGGCGGCACCAGAGUUGAUUGCUCUAGGGCCAUCAAGGUGUAUGUCGACGUGAACCCACAUGAGCUGAAGAAGGUGGAUGACCAGAAUGAAGAGUUCAAUAUGAUCUUCGUGCUCAAACUAGCUUGGCUUGAUCCUGACCUCAAAAACUUCGAGUCUGAGGUCACCUUGCGACAGACAGUUUCGGCGGACGAGCCCCAUCUGACGCGAAAAAAGAUUCUGCUGAAGAGGAAAUAUGCGAAUGGUGAUAUCGACUUUGUGGAGCAUGGGACAAAGCACGCCCAGACGCUCUCAAAGUUCGACUAUGUCAACCUCAAAGAUCCAGACUGGAGCCAGCAUUUCUUUCCCGAUUUCUCCUUCUUGAACAUGCAGAAUGAUGCCUUGCAAACGCUUGAGAAAAGAACGCUUCUCUGGUGUGGUGAUGAAGGCGGCUUCGUUUCGUAUUCCAUGAAAUACUAUGCCACCUUUCAAGAAAGCCUCGAGUUGCACAGCUUCCCUUUGGACCGCCAGCUGUGCAGGAUCAAGAUGACAGCGGAAAAGCUAAUCGAUGAGUUCCAGUUCGUCCCGGUCACGGGCGUGAAGAAGAUAGCGCAGGUUUGUGAUAUGUGGGCCUGCGACAACAGCAUUCAGCAAAAAUGCACGGUUUACGUUCGACACUGCGACAGGUACUUCCCAUACGAAGCCCAGCGUUCGUGCGUCUCUGUCAUCUUCCACCUUGAGCGGAAAGGCGAUUACUACUUCCACAGCGUGCUGUUUAUGGUCUUCUUAGUGAACAUCAUUAGCCUUUGUACUUUUUCCAUUCAUCUUGAAGAUGUCAGCGGCCGUCUUGGGCAUCUGAGCACCUGUUUUCUUGCAGUCCUGGCUUACCGUUACGUCAUCGACGACACCUUGCCCCGAAAGGAGUACCUAACUGCGGCCGAUGGAUACAUAAUCUUUGCCUGCAGUUUUCAAGUGCUGAUCUGUAUUCAGACUGUGCUUCUUAGUUUUGCUGCAAGCCAUUUCGUUUUGGAGCAUCGAUUCAUAGUUGACCGAUGUGUUGGGCUUGUGCUGCUGAUUAUUUGGCUUGGCGUGAACUACUAUCUACACUGGCUUUGGCGGUCUGCGACGAGACAGAGCUGGCAUAGUGUGUACCAGGCCAACAGGGAACCUUACGGUCCCUUCAAUCAGUGCUCCCAGUGUGGACGCACGUGGCUCAUCAAGCAGUGUCAAGUUUCGAGCCCGGAAAUGCGGUGCCAAAACCAUCCCGAUUGUCCGGGCUCGGGGAGAGACAUCACCACCAAGUAUUAUACUCCUGAGGAACGUCAGCCCCUUGUGAAGCCACAGCGGUUCCCUUCGCCACCGGAGGAGCUGAAGCAGGCGAAAAACCUUCGGCCGACUGCGCCAGAGCUCAGGGAACCAAUUUCCUCAUCCCCCACCUCAGCCCGAAUGCCUCUGCUUGCCGGGAGACCCAACUACAUGUCGUCAGGUCUCGGAUCUUGGCGUUGA